CUCUCCCUCACACUCUCUCUCUCUCCCUUAUCCACACAUUUUCUCCACCGCGAAAAAAAAUGCCUCGGGCGACGCCGCUCUUGCGACGGCGGCGGAGGACCCGACGCCCUCGGGCAAGGCGGCGCUGGACGGCGGCUCAGCAAUACGUGGUGGCGGCGGUGGUGCGGAGGCGAAGCGGCGAGGUGGUGCGGCGGCGCGUGGCGGCAACGGCUCAGCGGUGCGUGGCAGCAGCGGCGGCGGUGCGGAGUGGCAGCGGCGUGGAGUUCUCAACGGCGCGCGGCGGUGCUGCGGUGCGGCGGCUCGACGCAGCGGUGAGGAGGCGAGGAGGAGGUGAACGGCGGCGCCGCGGCCUCCAUCCCCGACCGCCGGGGGCCACCUCCAUCCCCCAACUGACGGGCGCCACCUCCGACCGCCUGGCUCUAGAUCCGUCCUCCACAAGGUCAGGGGACGCGGAUCCGGCCACCGGGCGUCGUCUCCUCCGUCCGCCGGCUGCGUCCCCAACUGACGAGUGCAGAACUGCAGAUUCCCCCGUCGGCUGCUUCCGGGUGCAGAAGGCGAAGAGGGCGGCGUCGAGGAGCAGUAAUAGGGACGAGGUCAUCCGCAAGGAGGAGGAGCAAGGUCGCCUCCAGGCCGAGCUCAAGAAGGUCUAGCGCGCCAAGGAGUUCAAGCCCACCGUGGUAUGAAGAAGCCCUGCCCGGCAAAACCCACAACCAUUUAUUCCCUUCGUUUUUGUUGCUCGUCAGGUGAUUGAUGAAUUGCUUGCUUGCCAUGGCUGUUUUAUGUGUGAUGAAAUGUUCGUGAAGACUUUUCUGUGUGAUGAAAUGUUGUGUGUGAUGAAUGCGAUGGCAACUACCCAGAAGCACUUUUUUUUUGUUUUUUUUUAUCGAAAUCUACAUCAGUGACGGGUGUUGAGCUGUGGUUGUGGCUCUUUUUUC